CGGAUUUUGUGAUUGUUUUUGGGGAAUCGUAGAAAAUGUUCGAUACGAAUGGAAUUCGUGAUAAGGCCAAACAUAAUUUUAACAAAAAAAAUUCUCUUUGAGUCAUUUAUAAUCGAUUGGUAUUUGUUUUUUUUUUUAUAAUCGGAAUCGGAUACAAAUAUCUAGCUUCCAAAAACAAUCCGAAUGCAAAGAAAUUAGUUGCCCAACGAGAAUCCACCAGCUUAAUAAUUACGUUUACAAAGAAUAUCUUUAUAAACCUUUCACCAAAUUCUUAAAAUCACUUUGUUGAUCGGUCAUGGAGGGCGAGGAAAAAAAAAUGAAGAAACAUUGGAGCAAAGAGGAGACAAUGGCAUUUUUAGAAUUUUACAAAAUUCGAGAAUCUGAAUUUCAGCAUAGCAGGAAAAAGAAAUUUGCCUACGCAAAUGUCCUGGAAGAUAUGAUAUCUGGCGGAUAUAUUGAUUCAAACACAAAACCAGUUCAUCUUGAAAUAAAAAUGGCGGCACUUUUGAGAGCUUACAAAGCCUCGAGAGACAGGUCGAAACGAACUGCCGCAGCUCCUUGUGUCGCACCAUUUUUAAAACAAAUGGAAGAGAUUUUCGGAUCAAGAUCAAAGAAUCUCAAUAACCAAACAAUAUCAUGUGGAGCCAUUGAUAUGGAAAUAGAAAUGGAAUUAAAUAAGGAAAAAGAACAUUUUGAUUCAAUAGACUUUAGUACUUAUUCUAUGUCGCAGCCCGAAUUUGGAGAUGAAACCCACCCACGAAUAAAAUGUGAACCUUCACAUGAAGAUCACUUACAUUUUGUAUCACCGGAAAAUAUAACUUCUUCACUACCUGCUUCUAAUACGCCGCCAUCAAGCAUACCUUCUUUAAAAUUAAAUCAAAAUGAUUAUUAUGAGAAGCGACUGCGACAUCUAAAUCGAUCAGACAAAGAAAGAUCAAAACGAUGGGAGCAGUACCUAAAAAUACAGGCAGAAAAAGCGGAGCGGCAUCGAGAGAAAAUGAACAAACUGGAUAGCAUUAUCAAUCUUCUACUGAAACGUCGAUUUUGACCUAAAAUAAUUUUAUUUAGUGUUAAGAGCACUUAACAAGGGGGUUUAUUAUUUGAAAAUGUUUGAAUGGCAAUAAUAA